CACAGAACAGCGAACGCCUUGCUCUUACAGAAUGUCUGAACAAAGCACAACUCCUGAGCACAUUUUACAGAAUAUAUGUGAUCACCUGAUUUCGUCUAACCAUUCUGGAUUAAAGACAGAAUCAGUAGGAAAGGAAAUGAAGCUGACUGCCGAGGAACAGGGGAGCAGAGUGCACUGGGCAGCACUGCUGAUACUCAUGGUGAUAAUACCCACCAUCGGUGGGAACAUCCUUGUUAUUCUGGCUGUGUCACUGGAGAAAAGGCUGCAGUAUGCUACCAACUACUUUCUAAUGUCCUUGGCGGUGGCUGAUUUGCUGGUUGGAUUGUUUGUGAUGCCAAUUGCCCUCUUGACAAUCAUGUUUGAGGCUAUAUGGCCCCUCCCACUGGUCCUGUGUCCUGCCUGGUUAUUCCUUGAUGUUCUCUUUUCAACUGCCUCCAUCAUGCAUCUCUGUGCUAUUUCAGUGGAUCGCUACAUAGCCAUCAAAAAGCCAAUCCAGGCCAAUCAGUGCAACUCCCGGGCUACUACAUUCAUCAAGAUUACAGUGGUAUGGUUAAUUUCAAUAGGCAUUGCCAUCCCAGUCCCUAUUAAAGGGAUAGAGAAUGAUGUGACUAACCCAGACAACAUCACCUGCGAGCUGAAGAAGGAACGUUUUGGCAAUUUCAUGCUCUUUGGCUCCUUGGCUGCUUUCUUUGCACCUCUUGCAAUCAUGAUCGUCACCUACUUUCUCACUAUUCAUGCUUUACGAAAGAAAGCUUACCUGCUUAAAAACAAGCCACCUCAACGUCUAACUUGGUGUACUGUGCCCACAGUUUUCCAAAGAGAAGAAUCGUCUUUUUCAUCACCUGAAAAGGUUGCCAUGCUGGAUGGUUCUCACAAGGAUAAAACUCUACCUAACUCAAGUGAUGAAACUCUUAUGCGAAGACUGUCUUCAGUUGGAAAAAAAUCAUCCCAAACCAUUUCUAAUGAACAGAGAGCCUCAAAAGUCCUUGGAAUUGUAUUUUUCCUCUUUCUGCUUAUGUGGUGCCCCUUUUUUAUUACAAAUAUAACUUUAGCUUUGUGUGAUUCCUGCAACCAGGCUACUCUCAAAAUGCUCCUAGAAAUAUUUGUGUGGAUAGGCUACAUUUCCUCAGGGGUGAAUCCUUUGAUCUAUACCCUCUUCAAUAAGACAUUUCGGGAAGCAUUUUGCAGGUACAUCACCUGCAAUUACCGAGCCACAAAGUCAGUAAAAGCACUCAGAAAAUGUUCCAGUACACUCUACUUUGGGAAUUCAAUGGUAGAAAACUCUAAAUUUUUCACAAAACAUGGAAUUCGAAAUGGGAUUAAUCCUGCUAUGUACCAGAGCCCAAUGAAGCUCCGAAGUUCAACCAUUCAGUCUUCAUCAAUCAUUCUCCUAGACACACUUCUCCUCACUGAAAAUGAUGCUGAAAAAACUGAAGAGCAAGUCAGCUAUGUGUAG